UCCUCCCACCUGCUAUGUGUUGGUGUACGAUCAUCCUCCCCCCUUGUCCUUCUCUUCUUUCUUCACCCCCUGCUGGUGAUUUGUUGUUGUACCGUUCGUUACUUUUGUCAGUUUAACUUCUGGGCUUGUUCGACUCCAAAAUAUUUAUUUUGCAACACUUAGAGGCAACGAGAAACAGAGAGAGACAGACAGAGACAAAGAGAGAGACAGAUAUGGAAGAUGAGAGAGGGAGAGAGAGACACGGAGAAAGAGAAAGAGAAAGAAGUAAAGUUUGAGGGAGAGAAAGUUAGAGGUACUAUAUAUGAAGAAGUAGGACUGAGGGCGAAAUAGAGAGGAGGGCGACAGAGGAGGAUUCUCUCAUGCAGCUAACACAAUCUACAUCUGUAAAUGAAUUACAGCUAAUGGAUUUGUUGUCUCUCUUAUAUUCUGUCUGCCACACUCUUUUACAAGCAGCCGAUUCAUAAUGAAUUCGUUAUGGUUGUGUUUUCUGCUACUAUUUACCAAUACAUCUCUUAGCCUUCGGGUAACGAUACCCGAGGUAAACGCAUUAUCAUGUUCGGAUGUUAAAUGUGAAUCGAAGGAAAAUAGAAGCUGUGUCUGUGGUGACUUCCACUAUGCUAAUAACAGUUACAGCUUAGAAGAGAUGUACGAUCGUUAUGUCUCAAAUUUCAAUCUUAUCAAGAAUUGCAGUGAAGAAUAUGUGGACGAUAAAAGAAUUAGAGAAAAGUGUGAAUCUAAAAGCAACUCAUCAUUAUUUAAUGUUUAUGUUACCAGUCUUAAAACAGCGAAAGUUUAUGGAAAUAAAUACUGCGCUUUAUGCAAUAAAGAGGAUGAUUUUAUAUUCUGGAAUUUGCGAAUAAACAACUGGGAUUGUUUAAAUUAUAUAAAAUAUCCGAAUAUCACAUUUAAUACAUUUAAUACAAGUAAAUGUGAGUACAUAUUUGAACAUCCCCCUUUUCCUUUUGAUAUCAAUCGUUGUCCGAAAACUAUCGAUUGCUGUUGCAAUGAUCAAAAGGAAAAAGCUUUAAAUGAAAGUUCUCGUGUUCUGUUUUAUGAAAACCUGUGCUGCAAUUCUUAUAGUAAGCCUGUAGCACCAAAUUUCGAAUUUAAAUAUUUUACACGAGACAAAAUUUCAUUCGGGAUACUUAUCGACUUUAACGGUGAAAACUUUUGGGACACAAAUAACAAGAGAAAAAGAGAUAAUCUUUGUCCUGAAAAUUCUGUUUUUGAUCAUUAUUUAGGCAAGUGCCGUAAGUCGUACGAUGCUAAUCGUAUUACCAAAAACGAUCGUCUAAACUGUACAACAUUAAUCGAACUAAAUUCUACCGAGUAUUUUCUUUUAGAAAACCAAACCCUUUUCCACAACGCUACUGAAAGUUUUCACAGUCAGGAUUUCUAUAUUAUAAAUAACAGCCGUGUUUAUAUUUGCCAAGAACGCGUUUUAAAUAGUCCUAGAUAUGGAGGAACUAUCAUUCUUACGGAAUCUGAAUUCUAUGUAUCAUUGAUUGGAACUAUGAUCUCUGUUAUAGCUUUAGCUGUGUUCUUCAUCAUGUACCUUGUUUUACCGCCACUCCGAAACCUAUCGGGUCAAAUUAACGCUUCAUUUGCAUUGUCAUUAUUUAUCGCCGAUUCAUGUUUCCUAAUUGUAUUACUGGCUGGAGAAUUACCAGGUUUCUGUCAUUGGUUUGCUGUAUGUAUACAAUAUUCCUUUUUGGCAUCCUUUUUCUGGAUGAAUGUCAUAAGUAUUAGUGUUUGCAUAUCAAUUUGCCACAGAACUGCCCAUCAUGUAAUGCUUUUGAACAAGAAUAGAACAUUUUUGUUAUGCUCCCUUUACGCUUGGUUUACCCCUUUACUCAUUAUAAUGCCUGCAUUAUUACUGGACAAGUACGACCCGACAUCUAAGUUCGCACCUCAAUACGGGCGAGGUACUUUUUGCUGGAUGAAUACGCCACUGAGUAUUUUAAUCUUUUUCGACAUUCCGAUGGCUGUGAUAAUUUUCAUCAAUAUAAUAGUUUAUAUACGCACUGCUUCCGAAAUUUGUAAAGCUCGAGCUGUCAUUAAGACGCAGCCGAGAAAGCAGACGAUGUUCACCAUCAUCAUAAACAUGAAAUUAUGUUGCCUCACUGGAGCUAUGUGGAUUUUUGGAUACAUUUCAAUCACAUCAGAUGUACAAUUUCUUCGGACACUCUACGUGCUUUUAAAUGCAACUUUCGGAUUAUGGGUUGCAUGUUGCUUUCUUUGCACGAAAACUGUAGCUAAUCUGACCAAAGAGAAAAUCAAAUCUGUAACUGCAUCUGCAAGUUAAUGUAAAAUAUACAGACAUGUAAGCAAUCAGUUUCCGAUAUACAAAGUAUUCUAUUAAAGUUAUUGUUACAAAGUUUAUUUGAAUGAACCAAAAUAUACGCACAAAAAUAUCAUACAUGUAAACUGAUAUAUAUAUAUAUAUA